UAUAGGUUGGUGCGUUAUUGCUGCAAGACUGAUCAUCACCUCCUUCAGAUAUCAGGUACAAAGACUGGCACUAACAGCUUAAUUUUUAUCAUGGUGGCUAAGUCAUGGUAUGAUGCUCAGAGCUACUGUAGGCUGCAUUACACAGACCUGGCCAGCAUCAAAAACACAGCAGAAAACUCAUUUAUAGGGGGACUGUCUGGGGGUUGCAAUUGGUUUGGCCUUGGCAGAGACCCUUGGAAAUGGUCAGACCAAACCACAGAUGUGUCCAUGAUUACAUGGUUACCAGGAGACAAGAAUGAUUAUUUGCAGAAUAAAAGUUGUGGCUAUUUUUCUAACAAUCAGGCUACUGUAGCACAGUGCUCAGACAAAAUGCCCUUCUACUGUUAUGAAUUCUCAAAACAGGAGCAGAUCAUUAGAGUGAAGGUUAAUUCCAGUCAGGAUGUGAAUGAUCCUGCAAUAAUGGCAGCCUUCUUGGAGAAGAUUCAGCAUAAACUGGAGGAUUAUGGAACUGGGAACAUUACUGUGAAAUGGAGAGAGCAACCAGAUGGAGUGGUGUUUCACAAAGAAAACAAACAUAAUCCUGUAGUUGUGAAUAAUACUCCGGGGUCUUGUAUUCUCUAAAUCUUAAGUAGAAAAUUUUUUGUAGUGCAAUAAUUACUUUUAGUUUGAGGACACAUGAUUGUGUAACAUUUAUCUUUCCUAAUUAGUACUUUAACAUAAUCAGAGUUUCUGGAUGGGCUCGUGUAAGAUUUUGGGGGCAGAAUA